AUGACCUGUGUGGUAGACCUCAUUGGUGGACCAGCUGCACCAGGUGCGUCCGCGCACAUGUUUGUGUUUCUGGUGCCAGCUGCCGGUCAGGGUUAUGAUUGGCUGAAUGAAGGCAAAGUAGGCCCGAAACUGUACUGCAUCUACCUGCACGCAUUCUCUGUCGUCCCUCCUCGUUGCUAUUAUGCUGCCUCUUUGUGACUUUUGCCACCCAUACGGAGAUUGUUUGCUUCGGGAAGCCAAUAGAUCGGUGUGUGUGCAUUCCUGAAUUGACAGAGCGGAGGGCGCACACACGCUCUGGGGGCUAAUAACGGCGGACACGGACUAAACAACUUGCCUGAUGAGACAGACUGCGGUGACUGCUUGCAGAGCUCUUACUCAUCGACAAAGUUGUCCAACCCAAUCCGUCUUUACUGACUUCUGAUCUGGGAAUCUCGGUCUUGUCGACAAUUAGACCGAUCCCAACAUCCUAACCCCAACUCUAACAUUGCCCAUAGCCUUAACUCUUCUUAAAUUGAACGCGGAGCAACCUGUAGUACUGGCAUCCAUAGUCAAACGCCUUACCGACGUCUGAACAAGACGGCAUAGCACCUAAGGCAGAAUUGUAUUAUAUCGCCAACCUUUGAAGUCUCUCUUUUAGCUUUCUAAAACUGCUGCGAUUUGUAGAACACUGGUUACGAUGUGUGAAAGCUGCCUAGCGGAUACGUUUACCAGUCACCUGACUCUGUCAUGAGAGGGAAUUACAGUAGGUGGACUAACUCAUGAAAUGUCAACCGAAAUUCCAAAAUGCGUUUUCGUCUCGAAAAGAUUAAUUAAGUAGGGUUGUAAAAUUAAUCAUCGCACAGCAUAAUUCUAUAAUAUUUCAGUUACUUUAGGAUUCCGGCUUAUGGAUGAACUUCUUUCCGGCUGCAGGCAAAAAGUGAACUCUGUAAAAAAACGACUACUUAUGUAGCAUGUUUUUUUCUCAUCGAUUUUCGAUGCCUUUAAAAUUCAGCAAUAUUUCAUGGAAACAUGCAUCACAAUAUUCAUUCUAAAACUCUUUCGGUAAAAAAAUACGUCCUCUUCCAAUUUUAUACUCGAGGAAAGGUUAUAACUUGGUUUUUUAAAACUUUUCCAAUUCCCGGAUAAUUAUGAAUCCGAGCUGCUUUUACUUGCCAUUUAUUUUCCGCUUACAGAAAGCCAUACAUUGCCCUUCGGUAUUAAGAGGAAAUCAUAUGUGGUUCAUAAAUUUUACCGGUGGAUUUAAGCCAUAUUGGUAAAUUUAUAAGCAACACUGGUAAACGCAGAGACAUGACGUUUUAUGAACGGCAAUUUCACGGUAUUAAAAAUUCUCGCAAUUAGAAACUUUCGUAAAACCGAAUUAUACCCUUUCUUCGAGUAUAAAAUUGGAAGAAGACGUAAUGUUCUACAAGGUCGCGCAUGGCAUACGUACAUUAGGUCGGCUAACUGAGGAAAUGUUAAUCGAAAUUCUGAAAUACAUUUUCGUUUCAAAAAGAUUAAUUAAGUAGGUUUGUAAAAUUAAUCAUCAUGCAUCCCCAUUCUAUAAUAAUUCAAUUACCUGCGGAUGUCGCCUUCCGAAAAAUUCCGUUCUGGCUGCGUGCAAAAACUGUGCUCUGUAAAAAGUGACUAUUAAAGUAGCAUGCAUUUUUCAUUGAUUUUCGAUGCCCUUUAGGAUUCAAUUAUGUUUCAUGGAAAACAUGCAUACGAAUAUUCCUUAUUUCGUUCAUUUGGUGGACAAUUACGUUUUUUUUCAAUUCGAUACUCGAAGGAGGGACAUAAUUCGGUUUUAAAAAAGUUUCCAAUUGUAAGACUUUUUAAUACCGCAAAAUGGCCAUUCAUAAAACGUCAUGUCUCUGCAUUUACCGAUGCGGCUUGUAAAGUAAGCAAUGCGGAUCAUAUCCAAUGCCUAAUUUCAUGACCCCAUAUGGUCUCCUCUCAAUACCUUAGAGAAAUGUGUGGUUUUCCUUAAGCGGAAAAUAUACGGUUUGUAGUUUGGAAACCCUGAAUGCAUGUGUGACGACAGAGCGGGUUCAAAAGGAUUCGUGAAUCGGAAAAGUUUUUAAAAACCGAAUCAUACCCUUCCUCUGAGUAUAAAAUUGGAAGUCGUGAUUUUCUACUGAAUGAACAGAAGAAUGAAUAUUUUCAUGCAUGUUUUCCAUGAAAUAUAAUUAGACUUUUAGAGACAUCGAAAAUCAACGAGAAAAAUGCAUGCCAAUUAAGUAGCCAUUUUUUACAUAGUAUAAUUUCUGCAUGCAGUAAGAACGAAGUUCUUUCGAAGGCCGGUAUCCUGGGGUAACUGAAUUAUUAUAGAAUUAUGUUGCAAACUGAAUAGUUUUACAACCCUACUUAAUUAAUCUUUACGAAACGAAAACGCACUUCGGAAUUUCAGUUGACAUUUCAUGAGUUAGCCCACCUACUGUGGCUUAUUUGCAUGCUCCGACUUCCCCUUUCUUAUCGCCCGCCUCGGUCUCCUAGCCGCGCGAAAGAUGAGCUGUAUUUGAGCAGAAGAGGAUAAUUUUAAAUGUCGCCUACAGCAGUCGCCGUCGUGGUCGGACAAACACGCUCAAAGACGUCGUGGAAAGUUGAAAAGCAGGUUGGCGGAGACUAGCUGACAAAACACCUGUCGAACGCCGGUCACGUUACCCAUACCAGGCUGACAUUUCAAGUCCACCUACUUUGCAGGUCGAUGCGUUCUCCGCAAGGCCAGUGAGAAAAAUGGACCCCACUGUGGUCUGUCUGGAUUGUCCAAUGCACUCUAAAAGGGCAUUUUCAUGGGCAUCACAUCAGGGAUGACUGGGCCCACCGCGUGCGCGAUAAUCGCACUGCAGGACUAUUCAUGCUAGGGGAAGGGGACUUCAUUCUCUCCACGACACGCUUAUCCCCUCAAAGUUAUUAUGUGGACUGGCAGAGCAAAAAAUUCUGACAGGCCAUCGGGGUGCGGAAGGCGGACAAACUAAAGCAUUUGAUAAUCAAAAAGGCCAGAUGGCGCAAUUCGCUAAAUGUCAUAGCGGAGGCCCUGGCCAAUGGUAUGGGCGUGCAUGGGGUGCUGUCAUUUUUGUUCAUUACAUGACUUUAGGGGAGCAGAAGGCUAUGCCUCAACUCUGUUUUAUGGAAGGAAGGCAAGACGCGUGGCGGUAGAAACUUUCAAGAACUGCCGACGUCAGGUUAUUUAGGUAACCAUCCUGUUUAGAAAACAACCCAUCAACCGUUCAACAACAGAUGCCAAAAACAGCAAGAUGUUUAUCGGCAUUGUGGAGGAUGCCUUUGGUUACAGUGGCACUCACCGACGGAAAAUAAACACCGUAAUAGCUCAGGUGGGCAUGAUUCUGACAAAGCUUGCUUUUGGACCACAGUUAACCUCGCCGCACACAGCCUGCCAAGUAUUUUUAUUUCCGCCAACAGCCAGAACCCCAUUCCCUUCGACAAUCUCUUCACACUGACCAAAUUAAGUUAAAAUACAACAAGAGACCCCUUUGUAAUGCAGCAGAAGCUGGAUUUUGUCCUUUUUAAUUUUUAUACUGAGCCUUGAAUGAGGGACUUGUAAAAAACUGGUUUUCGAAGUGUUGAUUUUUGGGCAAAAGUUUAUCUCUCAGCUAACAAAUAAUGAUUUAUAAGCCAAACCAUGUCGUUUCUUCAACGAAGUGAAAGCUUUUGGGAGUGCGAGAUUGGCGGUCUGUGUGUUAAAGGGAGUUUUGUGUGAAUUGUAGGUUGUCCGGGUCCGAAGUGUGAGCACAAAGGGGCCAUUGAAGCCGAAGUUGGAUGCUGAAAUCGUUAGUGGGAAAGUAUGCGAAACUGAAACGGAAAAGGGCAACCUGGUGUAUGGCGAUUCUUCCGCGGAAAUGAAAGAAGUCUGGAACCCCAGCAAAAGACCCAGCAGACAGAAUGCAUGGGGCAGCAACAUCCCAACCCUAACGGUAAUCCUCAAAAAGUAGACCUAAACUUUAACAUACAGUGAGUAACCGAUCUCAUGAAAUGUUGACCAAAAUUCUGAAAUGCGUUCGCGAUUAGGAAGGAUUACUUAGGUGGGGUUGUAAUAUUGAUUAUCCCGGGGCAAAAUCGUAUGGCAUUUCGGACUCGGCAGGAAGUCUGCUUUUAACAUCACCCCUUUUCAAUCUCCUGUAGAAACAGUAGUCAGAAAAAAAUUACUACAUAAAUUGCAUGCAUUUCUCACAUUAAUUUUCGAUGGUCUUUUAAAUUCAAAUAUGUGUUAUGAAAAACAUAAACAAAAAUAUUCUUUCUUUCACUCGUUUAACAGUGAAUCCGGUCAUCUUCAUAUUUUAUACUCGACGAAAGACUAUAAUUCGGUUUUAGAAAAGUUUAUAAUUAUGAGAUUUUUCAAGACCGUGCAAUGUCCACUCAUACAGCAUCAUACCUGUCCAUUUACCACUGCUCCUCAUGAACUGUACAUCAUAGUCCCCAUGCAUUGCACAAUUUUAUGAACUCAAUACAGCAUGUUUUUAAAGGCACAGAAGAAUAUAUGAUUUCCCUUACGCGGAACGCAUGCAUCUUGUAGACUGAAAUCACUAGGCGCUAAUGGAGCGGCUGAUCAGGCUCAAAUUAUUCGGGAAUUAGAAAAUCGGAAAUCAAUAGGGCGAAUGUAUGCUAUUUAAGUAGUAAUUUUUUACCGAGUGUGGUUUCUGCAAGAGGUCAAAAAGGAAAGCAUCCCAAAGCCGACAUUCUGGUCAGUCCAAAAUGCCAUAGGGUUAUGUGCAUGAUAAUGAAUCCUUCCUAAUCGAAAACGCAUUUCAGAAUUUUGGCCAACAUUUCAUGAGAUCGGGCACUCUCUGUAAUUGUAAACCUAACGCUAACUCUAAAAGCAACACUAAACCUAGCCCAAACCCUGACCCGAACUUUAACCGCAGCCCUAACCCCACUCUUAACCGUAAAUGGAAACCUAACACUAAACCUAGCCCCAAACCUAACACUGAAUGUAGACCUAAACGGGGCAAGGACGCAAUAUGCGACCCCACUCGGGGAACGAAACCAGUUCACCGUGUAAUACGAGUUUUAUGGAUGGGGUAGGAUGGCGGAAAGGACAGCGCAAAAGUAGGUAAGUGUUUGGACUAAUGCUGAUGUGGCAUAUUUUGUCCUCGCGCUGAGUGUCUCUGCAGUUACUUGUAAAAGAGCACACGUACCAGGAACCCGAUCAACGAGGAAUUGAUGAUGAUGGUGAUGAUGAUGAUGAUGGUGGUGGUGGUGAUGAUGAUGAUGAUGAUGGUGGUGGUGGUGGUGGUGAUGAUGGUGGUGAUGAUGAUGAUGCUGAUGAUGAUGAUGAUGAUGAUGAAGACGACGACGACGACGACGACGACGACGACGACGACGACGACGACGACGACGACGACUAUGGAGUAACUCGAUCGUUCUCAGUGUGAUCCGUCAUGGUAGUUUCACGCCCUCGCUAUCCAACCCACCUCGUAUUGGGAAAACCUAAUACAUUUUGCGCUGACCAGGUCGCGCAUGGCAGGCGUAGAUGGACUGCCUCGAUUUUUUCAGUCACUGCGUCCGCCCCCACCUCUAGCCGUUCCGAUGUUGUCUUGCCAACGGAGGCAGGUGAGAGAGUGCAGUAGACGCUGCACUCACUCCGUGAGAAACGCGGUGGACGCCUUCGUUCGCCACGAUCGAACGAUUGGUGCCUGCCCGUUUAAGAAAGGCCGGUGGGUCCUCGAUUCCAUGCACUCGGAUGAAUCGUGCAUCAACCGGCAUAUCGAGUCAGACGUCGCGUACAAAAGUCUCGAAGAAAAAUGGAAGAGGCCGCAGCCAAUGGGGACAGGAUGACACUGAUAGCGGCCGCUUACGGACGCAAAAGCCAACAAUUAUCGAUUUUCAAGUGCACUGCUGGAUUUUAACUGUUGUCGGCACAUUUUCUGUCAGUCUGCGUCUGACGACGACCUGGGGUACCGACGUCGAAAAUUUGCGCACUAACGUCCCUUUCCUAACGAACGCCUUUGACUUCAACACCUUAAUAGAUAUAAAUGGAUAUCGAUUUUUCAGCACGUUUGAAAUGUUAAUUGUUUUUUGCACAUUUGCUCAAGUCUGAGGACGACCUGGGGAACCAGCGUCGGUCGGAUGUGGUUUGGUAGUCCCACCUGAAGUAAACAAACCCCAGUCACCUCUAGUGCGGAACCCGUAGCAAUAGGGGUUUUGCGGGUGGAGCCGGGGAACGCACAGACGACGAGGUCAAGUAGUUAUAUGCAAAAGAAAUGCUAUUGGGAGUGCGUGGUUGUACUUUCAAUGGUUGAGAAAUAGUUGUGCUAACUCUUAACCUUAACCCCUAACUAAAACCCCCUAUCUUAAACCCCAACCGCUAACCCUAACCUUUAACCCUAACCCCUGACCUUAGCCCCUAACCAUAACCCUAAACCCCAAUCCCAACAGUAUUGUUUCCAUCAGGUGGAGCUACUAAAUCAUAUCUUAUCCCAGCGUCGAAUAUUUACUCAGUAAAGUUUUUUUAAUCUUCCCAAAGAACGUAUAUGCCUUCAAAUUAUAUGUCUUGGGAUGCCUGCGCUCCAAUUCAUAUAUGCAUGCGUAUGAAUUGGAAAACGGGCAUCUCAAGAAAUUUAAUUGAAAAUAGUUAAGAUGCUUCGAGAAUAAAAUAAUCUUUGCUGCGUAAUUUUCCGAGACUGGUUCUCCAGCUCGUCGUCUGACUUCUGGGUUAUAUACGAAAAAGUUAUCUAUUUAACCGUGUCGAACAAGUGAUUCUUCGGUUGGCCGAAGCCUGCGCCAAUACGAGUCAACUGCAAUGCGUCUCCCAUUCGGAUUGGCUGCGCUCCCCUCCAUUUGUCCUUGAGAAACCUGUGUGUGGCAUCUAAAUCGUUAUGCCGAUUGAUGCAUUCCUCAUCUGACUGCGUUGCUUCCAGGAAUUCGCGGUCAUUCCUUAUUGACCAGGCGCCAACAAUGCGAGUGUUCUUCCAUGCAAAUUUCUGCCCAGUGUCCAGUGUAUCCAUAGCCGCCUGGGAUAACUGGUCUCGUUUCCUCGCCGCUAACUGAUGCUCAUGUAUGCGGGUUGAGACAGAUUUUUCAGUCUGGCCAGGAAUUAUAUUAACUUUCAAAACAGAGUUAAUGGACAACUCCCAUUUCUGGAUGUACUCGUGUGUCGGAAAACUGAUUGAUCCUAUCACACUUCCGUUUAUCGCAAAGAAACAUACUCAGAGGUCAUACUACAUUUCGAGAGUGAUUAUUGCAUCUCUCACAAGAGGAGUAUCGUCUACAGUCUGCUAACCGAGCUAAAGAACCUCAUCUACUUCCAAAUAUAUAUGGGCGAGGAGGAGUGGCACCGGUUCACAAGAAGCCCCACAUUCGACAACAUCCAACCACACAUUCAAGUUUUAUUAGGCCGAGAUUCUUGCUAGAGGUGAGAUAAGCGCAUGAGCCGUGAACUGCUCAAGUUGUGAGUUUCGGCUUCUCAGUCGAUUAAAAUUCGUACUGCCCCCCUUUCCCGCCCCAUAUUCUGUGCAUAAACUUUGCUCAGGCAAAGUAAUUAGCCACACAGAGAGCACGCGGAUGAUCACUGUUUCUGGUGCCAGUCUCGGCGAACUAAAUGGCCCAGGAACUCUCAUGAGUGAUGAAAUUCCGGCAUUUAGAAACUCUACUGAAGACAAUCGGUAAAUUAUCGUACCACAUGCAACCACCCGCGUUGAAUGCAGCAGUCGAUAAUUCCGACAGAGAAGCAGACGCAUGACAACUUUGUGCUGCAGCAUCUAGCCAGUUUGACAAAUAUUACACAACUUGCAACUUUCUGCAAUGCAUUCAUGGGCUGCCAAUUUUGAUAAGCAAGCAGUUGCAUAGCAACUUAAUCCUACAAAUACCGCAACAUCUAUGCGGCUCACUACCCUAGUGUGGUUUUUGUUCUCUGAUGGUAGAGUCGAGUGAAAAUCCGAAAGGCCAGGCUAAUAAAACUCUUGUUCCAACGAUCGUGUCUCUUCCUGCGCUAAUUCUGACUUAUUAACCUCUGUCGACCAAUCACGUUCAAUCCCAGGUAUGCAUAAUCUAAAAUUUGGCCGUUAACGGUUAAGUCCAAUGCUCCCUCACUGAGACGCAGGCCUGAUGCGAGCGUCAAUGUCAACUGUCUUGGAAGAUUUUAAUUCCAGUUUAUCAAAAUCUGUGUUAAGUGCGGCAGAGGCCUGGGUUUGGGUACAUUUGGCCGGAAACGCUAAUAGGGUCUGAGCACUUAGGGCAGUCUUGGCUAGGUACUCUCCGUUUCUUGCAAAAUAUGAAAAUGCACCAUUUUAAUGCAGUGAUUAUGUUGGUAGUAGUAGUAGUAGUAGUGCUGGCAACAAAGCUGCCACGGUUCCUUCUCAAAGCGACCUGUAGCACUCUCACGCAUGUUAAGAGUGUUUGUUACUUAAUGUGUAGUGCCUUUCAGUCGCCGACCGACUGGUUACCCAGCCUUUGAAGGGUGAUGGCCAUAGCAAAUGCAGGUCUACAUGCCACCCUUCUGGAUUCCCAGGUUUCUGAGCGUCUGUUGCGCCAUUAUCAGCAAACCAUGACCCUCGCAGCCUGGUGUGCGCUGUCACUUCUCCGGUACUUGAUUCUCUGGCGGUAGAUGCGCUUGAUGAUGAUGACGAUGACGACUACAAUGAUGAUGCGUUGUCUUUGUUAACGGGCAAUAAAGGUUAUUAAGAGCGGUUUGAGUGGGGAUUUCAUAUAUGGACUCCUCCCGCAAGAUAGGGGAUUGGGAACGGCCCAUAGCACUGGUGGUUUUGUGUUGAAUUCCAAGUGAAUCAAAGUCUAGAUUGAGGUUGCUGUUAAAUUUAUGAUUAGAGCUACGCAUAAGGUUUGGGUUAGGGGUAGUGUUUGAGUUAGGACACAGGACUAGGUACACUUCCUAGAUUUGGCGUAAAACCACCUGUAUGAUUGGAGACGGUCCUUUUCCCGUUUCCUGCCGGGAGUGGAGGGACAUAUAAGAUGUCCCGUUGCGGCUCAUUUUAUGGUCUUAGCCGCCACUGACACCGGUCAGAACUAUUUGAGCGGCCAGCAUGCGUAACACGCCGGUCUUCGUGACCUUGAAAAGUGGAACGAAGCAUCAGUGAAAACACUUAUAUAUUUUAAAACUCCAACUUGGGAGUGAGCAACAAAACACGGACCAAAUGUGCAAACUACCUAAUCAACGUGUCCUCCUGUCGACUUGCUGCAUAAACCGCGUGAGGCUUGUUACUAGCCUCACGUGAGUGUGCUGAAGUACUUGACUACUUGACCUUCGACAAUCUUUUCACGUUUGUUUUACUGUAACAUUUGUUUUAACGUGACGAAGACUCUGCCGUUUGUAAGCUUCGCGCCGCUUGCAUGCUCUCUGGUCAGGUCGUUGCACAUUAUGAAUAUUAACUUUAUUCACUUACUGGCCUUCCUUACCUCUCUCCGUUUAGGAGGUUAGUAAGCCGUAGUUCGUUAGUUCGCGGGAACGACAUAACUGACGUCAUUGGUGACUCCCGACGUUAGCGCAGAUUUAAGUUCUUCCCUUCCGUAACAUUUAAUGACAUUUAACGUCCUGUAUUUAUUUGCUAAAUUUUACUUCAUUUACAUUUCCAGCUAACCUUUAUCACGAUAUUGUGCUACCUAUAUUUUGCUUAUUAUGUCUUCCUCAACUCAACAACCUGACGUUCCUGCCGAGUCUGUUCAUGCCGUCCAUUUCACUUUGCCUGAUUUCUGGCAACACGCCCCUGAACUUUAUUUUAUCCGCAUUGAGUCAGCCUUUUACUCCGCCAACAUUACGAAGGAGUUGUCGAAAUACCACAAACUUGUGGAGGUUCUCCCUGCCAAUAUUAUCUCACAAGUUCAACCCUUGUUAGUGAAACCCCUGCAGACGCUCCCUAUUCUGCUCUGAAGGCGGAAAUCCUUCGUCUCAAUGCUGUAUCUGACCGACAACGCUACCACCAGUUGAUCAAGGAGGAAUCACUGGGCGACCAGAAGCCCUCAGAACUUCUCCGACGAAUGCGUACUCUCUUAGGAGACAUGCAGGUCGACGAGAAACUCGUUAGAGAGAUGUUUCUAGAGCGGCUGCCUGCAGAUGUCCAAACGAUUUUGGCAUCCGGCUCGCAAGACCUUACACUUUCACAUCUUGCUGAAAUGGCAGACCGAAUGAUAGAGGUUCAACGGUUCCAGCCACCUUCCGUUGCUCAGAUUUCCACAUCCUCUUCAACGGUUAACGAGCAGUUACUGCAACAGAUGUCGGCUAUGGCGAAUGAGAUAGCCUCCCUAAAACUACAGCUUGCUCGCAUUACCUGUAGUCGCUCACCCAGCCGUCAUCGUUCACGUUCGCGACCUCGCACAGCCAAUUUGUGUUGGUAUCACGCAAACUUUGCCGCCAAAGCUCGCAAAUGUUCUUCUCCUUGUUUAUUUAAACCGAAACAGGGAAACCAGCCAGCCAGAGAAUAGACGCGACCGUUUUCUCUGGCUCUCCCACCUCUGGUCGCACCUUUUAUGUCUGCGACAAUGUGACUCGCAGGCUUUUCCUGGUGGACACCGGAGCCCAGAUCAGCGUGGUUCCCCCACUCCAGUUGACCGCCGCUGUCCCAGCCCUGGUCUACAUCUCCAAGCUGCAAACUGUUCCCCCAUUUCUACUUUUGGAAGUCGUUCCCUAACGCUAAACAUUGGUUUACGUUGAUCAUUCUCCUGGAUAUUUGUGAUUGCCGAUGUGCCUCAUGCGAUCCUUGGUUCCGACUUCCUAGCCGAGUUUGAUCUCCUUGUUGACUGUCGGCGUUCCUGUCUCCUCGACCGCACAACUGGUCUUUCUGUGCGCAGUCUUGCAUCCUUUAACGACUCCUGCAAUUUAUCUGUUCUGGACACAGGUAUUGCUUGCCCAUACCGAGACCUGCUCCUCCAACACCCCAACAUAAUCAAACCCCAGUUUCGCAGUGGUGAGAUCUAACAUGACGUUGUCCACCACAUUCGCACCUCUGGCCCCCCAGUAUUCGCACGGCCUAGACGACUGGCUCCGUCCCGUCUGCAAGCGGCGAAGGCCGAAUUUGAGCACAUGCUGCAACUGGGCAUAAUUCGCCCGUCCGGGAGUCCAUGGGCGUCCCCUCUGCAUAUGGUGCCCAAGGCGACAUCAGACGACUGGCGGCCCUGUGGUGACUAUCGCGCCCUCAACAAUGCGACCAUCCCGGAUAGUUAUCCCGUCCCCAUCUUCAAGAUUUUGCUGGAGCUCUUUUCAGCAAAUCGGUUUUCUUGAAGAUUGACCUUGUUCGGGCCUUCCAUCAGAUUCCUGUCGCUCCUGAUGAUGUUCCCAAAACUGCUGUCACCACACCAUUCGGCCUGUUUGAAUUUAUUCGCAUGCCAUUAGGUCCAAUGCUGCCCAAACAUUUCAGAGGUUCAUUGACCGAGUCCUACGUGUUCUGCCGUUUGUGUACGCCUACAUCGAUGACCUCUUGGUGGCCAGUCGAAAUGCCGAGGAACACAAAGAGCAUCUUACCUUAGUGUUUGACCGCCUUGAUCAGUUUGGCGUGGUCAUUAACCCUUCGAAGUGUGUUCUGGGUGUGCCGUCCCUUGAUUUUCUUGGUCACCAUGUCGAUGCACAGCGUUUGCGUCCCCUCUCUUCCAAGGUUGAGGCCAUUCGUGACUUUCCUCCACCAACCUCCAUGCGUCAGUUGCAACGUUUCCUUGGCAUGGUAAACUUUUAUCGCCGGUUCCUGCCGAACUGUGCCGACCUUAUGCUGCCACUCACCAACUUGCUCUCUGGUCCCAAGGGUCCCCUUGAGUUACGUGGCCACGCGCUGACUGCUUUUGAGAGAAUAAAGACCUCCCUUGCUGAUGCUACCUUGCUCACUCAUCCUGCUCCAGAAGCCCCAUUGUCCCUGAUGGUUGAUGCUUCGACCGUUGCCGUAGGAGCAGUCCUCCAACAGCAUAUCAACAACUCGGCACGACCGUUGGCAUUCUUCUCCAAGAAGCUUUCACCUGUCGAGACGAAAUAUAGCACGUUUGGCCGUGAACUUCUUGCCAUUUACCUGGCCGUAAAACAUUUCCGACACUUCCUUGAGGGUCGUGACUUCACAAUUUUCACAGACCAAAAACCACUUACAUUUGCCAUCCGAUCCCAUUCUGAGAAAUAUAACCCGAGAGAGAUUUCUCAUUUGGAUUACAUCUCGCAAUUCACCACCGACAUCCGCCACAUUGAUGGCCCGAAGAAUGCGGUGGCCGACAUGCUGUCCAGACCUUCCCUCUCGGCGUUUCACCUCUCACACGGGAUUGAUCUUGGUUAG